UCAAAUGGGCUGUGGUAUCAUCACAUUUUCUUCUCCAACUCAUCAACAUAAGGCCCCUCCCUAAUGCUGUAAUUCUCUUCCCAAUUUCCCUUCGAAUUUCUCUUAUUUUCUUCUAUAUCCCAAUUCCAAAUCCAAACCCAAACCAUACGAGCCUCUCUCUCUCUCUCUACUUAUUUGGUGCGCAAGCAAAACACCAGAGACAAAUAGGGGAGAGGGGUAGACACAUGCUCUGAGUUUGAGGGUUUGGCUUUGCUCUUUUCAAUCACGCACAACCUGAAUUCUCUCCGACUCUUCUUCCUUAGCUUUGUCUCCUCUCUCCCUCUUUCUUUGUCUCUCUAAUCAAUCAGAACCUCCAUUAAAUGCAAUCAAUCCCUUCAAGGGCAUAUAAUUUGUUUCCCAAAUCCUUAACUUCUUGCUAGUAACUUCAUAUACCUCCUCCCUCAGCUAUCAGGUUUGGUUUGGUGAGUCCAAUGCAUUUCUGAUACUAGAUUUUGUUGGGUUUUCGAUUUUGCUGGACUUUAAAUUAUUCUAGAUUGUGAAUCUUGAAUUACAUGUUAAUAUGAACAGGAGAGAUACAUGUGCACAGAAAAUUCAUUGCUUAUCUGAGGAUUAGGGUUUUGGGGCAAGAAAAACAUAUUGGUUCUUUGGUUUCUUUUGUGUUCCAUUGGUGUUUUUAGGAGUGGGAUACUCGAGGUCGAAAGUUAUAUGCUUCUGGGUCUUUGCCGGUCUGUAUAUUGGUAAUGAGAUUUGGGUUGUAGAAGGUGAAUGAUAUUGGUUUCUGGGUCUAAGUAGAUUGAUUGAGAUAUGAGUCGUAGAGUGAGGCGAAAGGUGGCUCGGAAAGGAAAGGAAAAGUUAAUUUUGCCAAGCUAUCCCGAAAUUGAAGAAGAGGUUUCGGGUUUAGACCGAAGUGGGCUUGUUGAUUGGACUAGUUUGCCUCAUGAUACAGUAAUUCAACUUUUAUCUUGUCUGAACUAUCGUGACCGAGCAAGCUUAUCAUCAACAUGCAAGACAUGGAGGCUUCUUGGCAUUUCUCCAUGCUUGUGGAGCUCUUUGGAUCUUCGUGCCCACAAAUGUGAUGCUACAAUGGCAGCUUCACUUUCUUCAAGGUGUGUAAAUCUUCAGAAGGUUAGGUUCCGUGGGGCAGAAUCCGCCGAUGCAAUAAUUCAUCUUCAAGCUAGGAACUUGCGAGAAAUAAGUGGCGAUUAUUGCAGGAAAAUAAGUGAUGCCUCUCUUUCUGUGAUUGUGGCCCGGCAUGAGGCACUUGAAAGCCUUCAACUUGGCCCUGAUUUCUGUGAAAGGAUCAGUAGUGAUGCUAUAAAAGCAGUAGCUCUUUGCUGUCAUAAAUUGAAAAAGCUUCGGCUUUCUGGAAUAAGGGAAGUUAAUGGUGAUGCAAUGAAUGCUUUAGCCAAGCAUUGUCCAAAUUUGACUGAUAUUGGGUUCAUAGACUGUUUAACCAUAGACGAGAUGGCAUUGGGGAAUGUAGUAUCAGUCCGGUUCCUCUCAGUUGCGGGAACUUCAAAUAUGAAGUGGGGUACGGUUUCACAUCACUGGCGUAAGCUCCCUAAUUUAAUUGGUUUAGAUGUUUCAAGAACUGAUAUUGGUUCAACUGCUGUUGCACGAUUGUUAUCCUCAUCAUGUUUGAAGGUGCUGUGUGCCUUGAAUUGUCCAGUUCUUGAAGGAGACGUUAGCUUUGCUGUCAGUAAACAUAAAGGAAAAGUGUUAUUGGCUCUUUUUACAGACAUUCUGAAGGAUAUAGCUUCUUUAUUUGUCGAUAUGUCAAAGGGGAGGAAUGUGUUUCUAGAUUGGAGGAAUUCAAAAACUAAGGAUAAAAACUUGGAUGAAAUUAUGACUUGGCUAGAGUGGAUCCUGUCCCAUACUCUACUGCGCAUUGCCGAGAGCAACCAACAAGGCUUGGAUGAAUUUUGGCUCAAGCAAGGUGCAUCACUGCUGCUCAAUUUAAUGCAGAGUUCGCAAGAAGAUGUCCAGGAAAGGGCAGCUACAGGACUUGCAACUUUUGUUGUCAUUGAUGAUGAAAAUGCUAGCAUAGAUUGUGGAAGGGCUGAAGCUGUAAUGAGAGAUGGUGGUAUUCGUCUCCUUCUGAACCUUGCAAAAUCAUGGAGAGAAGGUCUUCAGUCAGAAGCUGCAAAGGCUAUAGCAAACUUGUCUGUUAAUGCUAAUGUUGCAAAAGCUGUUGCUGAAGAAGGAGGGAUCACCAUUCUUGCUGGUUUAGCAAGGUCUAUGAACAGGCUAGUAGCUGAAGAAGCUGCUGGUGGGCUGUGGAAUCUCUCUGUUGGAGAAGAACAUAAGGGUUCCAUUGCUGAGGCUGGUGGAGUAAAAGCUUUAGUGGAUCUUAUAUUCAAAUGGUCAUCUGGUGGGGAUGGAGUACUGGAACGAGCAGCAGGUGCACUGGCAAAUUUGGCUGCUGAUGAUAAGUGUAGCACUGAGGUUGCAGUUGCAGGUGGUGUCCAUGCUUUGGUGAUGCUUGCUCGUAACUGCAAGUUUGAGGGAGUGCAAGAGCAGGCUGCCCGAGCUUUGGCAAAUUUGGCUGCUCAUGGAGAUAGUAAUAGUAACAAUGCUGCAGUUGGACAAGAAGCAGGCGCUCUUGAAGCACUUGUACAGCUUACACAAUCUCCACAUGAAGGUGUCAGGCAAGAAGCUGCUGGGGCAUUAUGGAAUCUUUCAUUUGAUGAUAGAAAUCGAGAAGCAAUUGCAGCAGCUGGCGGUGUUGAAGCCUUGGUUGCUCUUGCACAAUCAUGUUCAAAUGCUUCCCCAGGUCUACAAGAAAGGGCUGCUGGUGCUCUCUGGGGAUUGUCUGUCUCAGAAGUCAAUAGCAUUGCUAUUGGGCGAGAAGGGGGUGUUGCACCUCUGAUUGCAUUGGCACGCUCUGAGGCAGAAGAUGUCCACGAAACAGCUGCAGGAGCUCUAUGGAAUUUGGCUUUUAACCCCGGUAAUGCACUCCGAAUUGUCGAGGAAGGAGGAGUUCCUGCCCUUGUUCAUCUUUGCUCUUCCUCUGUAUCAAAGAUGGCACGUUUCAUGGCUGCAUUGGCAUUGGCAUACAUGUUUGAUGGGAGAAUGGAUGAAUAUGCACUUGUUGGGACUUCAUCAGAUAGUAUGUCGAAGAGUGUGAGCUUAGAUGGAGCUAGAAGGAUGGCUCUAAAGCACAUUGAAGCCUUUGUCCUUACAUUCUCUGAUCCACAAUCAUUUGCUGCUGCAGCUGCAUCAUCAGCCCCUGCAGCAUUAGCACAGGUAACAGAAGGAGCUCGAAUUCAGGAAGCAGGACAUUUGAGAUGCAGUGGAGCUGAGAUUGGAAGAUUUGUUACCAUGCUACGGAAUCCAUCGUCUGUACUCAAGGCAUGUGCUGCGUUUGCUCUUCUACAGUUUACAAUCCCUGGUGGCAGACAUGCAAUCCACCAUGCGAGUCUUAUGCAAAAUGCAGGAGCAGGAAGAGUCUUACGCGCUGCUGCAGCGGCAGCAACUGCUCCUCUAGAAGCUAAAAUCUUUGCUAGAAUUGUACUUCGCAAUCUUGAGCAUCAUCAUAUAGAAUCUUCACUGUGAAAACAUUCAACCAGCUGCAAGACAUGUAGAGUUGUGCCGACGAAGUUCAAACUUGUGCUCAAUCAUUUACGAGCUCGACAACAGUAUAAAAUGCCAGGGGUACAGUCCUCUUGGAACAUCCUGUAGAAGAAUCCUUUCGGGUGCAUAUCUCAUUUUCCCUUCAAAUCUCCUUAUUUCCUAGGUUUGAGUAACAUCCCUAUUUGUAUCAAAAUUGUUACAGCUUAAAGCGUAGUACUUUUAGGUGGAGGAUCAACUUGUGAUCUUAUAACAUAUAAUUUUUAUCUGUAUUCAUUGUGGCAAUCGUCUAGAUAAAUAAUAUAUAUGAUGUUAGCGGUUUGGGACUUGACAAGGCACCAUGUAGAAACUGUCUUAUAUGAUAAUAUGAGAAUUUUGAGGGAA